AUGGACUCGAAAACUGUAGGUAUCUUGGGGGGCGGUCAGCUCGGCCGUAUGAUCGUCGAAGCUGCUCACAGACUCAACAUCAAGACUAUUAUUUUGGAUGGAGAGAACUCACCUGCCAAGCAGAUCAAUGCGUUGGAUGAACAUGUCAACGGUUCGUUCACAGACCCUGUAGCAAUCGCUGAAUUGGCCAAAAAGUGUGAUGUCUUGACUGUAGAAAUAGAACACGUUGAUGCUGAUGCCUUGCAAGCCCUUCUGGAUAAGACAGGGAUUGAAAUCUACCCAUUACCUCAAACCAUAAAGUUGAUUCAGGACAAGUAUUUACAGAAAGAACACUUCCAGGAGCACGGUAUUGCUACAACUGAAUCUGUUGCUGUUACUGAGAACACUGAGGAAAAUUUGAUAGACGUUGGUGUGAAGUUUGGCUACCCAUACAUGUUGAAGUCCAGAACGUUAGCUUACGACGGUAGAGGAAACUUUGUCGUCAAAGACGAAUCCUAUAUAAAGGAAGCAUUAGAGGUAUUGAGCAAUCGUCCCUUAUAUGCUGAAAAAUGGUGUCCUUUCACUAAAGAGUUGGCUGUUAUGGUGGUAAGAUCCAUAGAAGGGGAAGUGUUCUCUUACCCUACCGUGGAAACUAUUCAUACCAAUAACAUUUGUCACUUGGUGUACGCUCCAGCCAGAGUCACUGACACCGAAGCUGAAAAGGCUUCAAUUUUGGCUAAGAAUGCCGUUAAGUCAUUCCCAGGCUGCGGUAUCUUCGGAGUAGAGAUGUUUUUACUUGCAAAUGGUGAAUUAUUGAUUAAUGAAAUCGCCCCAAGACCUCACAACUCUGGUCAUUACACCAUAGAUGCAUGUGUCACUUCACAAUUUGAGGCACACGUCAGAGCUGUUGUUGGAUUACCAAUGCCUAAGAAUUUCACUUCGUUGACUACUUCCAAUACCAACGCAAUCAUGUACAAUGUAUUGGGAACCCAAGAACCAGACGGAGAGUUGGAAUUUUGUAAAAGAGCAUUGGAAACUCCUCACGCAAGUGUCUAUCUUUACGGUAAGACCACUAGAAAAGACCGUAAAAUGGGCCAUAUCAAUAUAGUAUCUUCCAGUAUGCACGACUGUCAACUUCGUUUAAAUUACAUAUUGGGAGAAUCCGCAGAAGUACCUUCUACCGCUGAACAAAAGAGCGGUUCCGAACUUGCUGGUACCUCCCCCAAACCAUUGAUUGGUAUAAUCAUGGGAUCAGACUCAGACUUGCCAGUUAUGUCAGUUGGUGCCAACAUCUUGAAGAAGUUUGGUGUUCCAUUUGAAGUUACUAUUGUCUCCGCACACCGCACCCCACACAGAAUGUCCAAAUACGCCAUUGAGGCACCUAAGAGAGGCUUAAAGUGUAUCAUCGCAGGAGCUGGUGGAGCUGCUCAUUUACCAGGUAUGGUUGCAGCUAUGACUCCUUUACCUGUUAUUGGAGUGCCAGUCAAGGGAUCUGUGUUGGACGGAGUUGACUCCUUACACUCAAUUGUGCAAAUGCCAAGAGGUAUCCCAGUGGCUACUGUUGCGAUCAACAACAGUACCAAUGCAGCUUUGUUGGCUGUGCGUAUUUUAGGAGCAUACGAGCCAAAAUGGAUGGAAGAAAUGAACAAUUACAUGAGCAACAUGGAGCAAGAGGUUUUGACCAAGGCUGAAAAGUUGGAAACCGUCGGAUACGAAGCGUACUAG